AUGAAAAUUUUGCAGGCUGAGGUCGGCCGCGGUUUCCAAUUUGGCCCAGAUGACAAGAUCUUGUAUUCAGAUGGUGCUGUGUUGGAGAAAGACGAAAAGGAGUUUGUGGACCUUGCUAGCAAAUUUGAAUCCUCCAUCACCGAAAAAGACUACCACCCUGGUCCUGACGACUUGGUGGUCGACUUGGUACAUCCUUCCCUCUACCAUUUGGUGUACAACAGAACGAAGAUCCUCAACAAUGGAAAGCUCGAGACUGCCCAAUUCGAGGAAGCCAUCAAGGCAGUGAAAAAGGGUGUUGCUGACUAUGGAGUUUCCCAGAAGUUUCAAUGGCUUCCGGCUCUCAUGAAGUUGGAUGAUGAGAAGCAGUUCACGUUUAGUUCAUACAUCAACAACCUUCAUCCAUUGAAAAACGCCGAGCUCUAUGGCUCCAUUGCCAAAAUCUUCAAUCUGGCAGUUCCUGCGAUCAACAUGUCCCUCGCAAGAUACCAAUCCGACGAGUACGUGCGUAUCCCUACCGCUUACUUUGGCGAAUACUACACGGAAGGAUAUGACAAAUAUGAGGAAAAGCUUGAGGAUCUCAUAGAUGAAGGUGCCGAUGAGGAGGAGUUUGAAGCGUGGGAAAAGGGUAAACGUGCUUACUACCGUGAGUUCAAGCCUAAGUACGAUAAGGAGCCGGAGACCAAGCCCUUUGAGCUUCGGGACCUCGAGAACCUCAAGGUUAUUGUAAAGUUGGCGAACAUAGAGCUCACGCCAGAAAAGCCCGAGUACAAAGGUGGUUCCUGGCAUGUUGAGGGAACCAUCAAUGAGGACAUUGUGGCUACAGUGCUCUAUUACUAUGAUAUGGACAACAUUGAGGAGUCUAGAUUAUCCUUCAAGUACGCUUUUGAGGAUCCUCAUUAUGACCAAGGUGACGAAUGCUACUGCGAAGACUUUUACGGUAUCAAGAAUGAGGACAAUAUGACCAGGAUGAUUGGUAACGUGGUGGCUCAGAAGGGAAGAAUCACCGUGUUCACUAACAGUUUCCAGCAUCACGUAGAUGCCUUCAAGUUGAAGGAUGCUACGAAGCCUGGCUACAGAAAGAUCUUGUGUUUCUUUUUGGUGGACCCAUACAACACCGAGGUGAAGGCUACCGAUGUUGUACCGUUCCAAAAUGAAAAAUGGGUGAAUGAUAAAGUGCUUAUGGAGAAGUUCUUCCCUGGUGUUGAUGCAAAAGAGUUAGCCACCAUGACCGAGAAGGAGGCUAAGGAGUACAGAGAUGAGUUGAUGGCAGAGAGAAAGGUGAUUAUUGAAGACAACGAGGAUUACGAAAACGCUUACACUAGGCUUUUCUUCUUGUGUGAGCACUAA